AUGAAGAGUUCCUGCAGAGCUGGCCUCCACAGGGAACCGCUGAAUUCCACAUCCUCCACCUUCCAUCAAGUCAAACGGGUUUCUGGUAUGCACUUAAAGCCAUAUCUCAAGCUACAGAAGAAAGAGCGAUCUCCAGAAAUAAGCCAGGAUUCCCUGAGGGGCCCACCCAUGAGUCAUCAGAGAUCAAUGCAAGAAGAAAAAUACACCAACAACUGCACCAAACUGAGCGUUUUCCCGAAACCCUCCCUCGUGACUCCAUCUCAAAAGCUUGUAGGGUUUAUUUAUCCAAAUACUAUGUGCAAUAUGAACGGGAAAAGUCCAGCGGAUGGUCCAAGCGCAAGGGAGAAGAAGAACGCCCUGACCGCAACGAUCCACCAAGGGGAAGAAGGGGAAGGGCCUCUGGAUGUCUGGGCUGUGGUGAAACCCGGCAACACCAAGGAGAAGAUCGCGUUCUUUGCGGCCCAGCAGUGCAGCGGCAGCAACCGGCUCGGCUCCAUGAAAAUUAAAAGCACGUGGGAUAUCGAUGGGAGAACGGCGAAACGCAGGAAAAAAUCGGUCGAUCUUAAAAAAGCCAAAAUUCAGCUGGAAAGAAUGAGGGAGGUGAAUGUCAAGUGCUCCCAGCCGGAGCCGUUUGCCUGCGGCAUCGAGCACUGCUCGGUGCAUUACGUGAACGACAACGGUGACGGCGUGUUCCCGGGCCGGUCCCUCUCGGUGAUAGAGAUGGUGGCCUUUCUGGAGCAACGAGCAAGUGCUUUACUGGUGGACUGUGCUAAAACCUGCGCGCCUGCUUCCGCCACAAGGCUGAGCACUCAGCCUAAAGGUGCCCUUCCCAGUUCAGACCCUUUCUCCUCUGCCGGGGCGUGUGAGGCCCACGCCGAGAGGGGGGGACCCUGCGGCAACAGCGAGCAGCAGAGCGAGCCCGUGCGCGUGCUGGACAUGGUGGCCAGGCUGGAGUCGGAGUGCCUGAAGCGGCAGAGUGAGCGGGAGGCCGGGAGCCUCUCGCGAAACAACAGCUUCCGCAGAAACGUCGGGAGGGUGCUCCUGGCAAACGGCACCCAGCCCGAGGGAGAGGCGGGGAAGGUCUUCUCGGGCAUCCCAGCGUCAGAGGAUGGUGAGGAGGAGGAGGAGGCACGGGUAGCAGAGGUUGGAUAUGGGGGACGGUGCAGUCCUCUUGGUGACACCGAAUUGUGGGAUGGCGCCGGCUCCAUUCGGCAGCCUUUUUCUUCUGGGCUGGAUACUCGGAUGGGGAAUGUGAAUUCGGGGCUCGCUCACGCCGUGUUGGCCAUAACCGCUGGCAGGAGCGAUUCCAAAAUGCAAAUUGAGCCUCCCAGACCUCUGCCGUCCGUGUGUCCAACCGCUGCCAGGUUGCCGCCACCGGGUUCCUUGCAGAGCAAGAAUGUGACCGUUGAUUGUAUGUCGAAAGAGCCUGUAAUUUUCCCGAAGCAGAGCUUGCAUCCUGCUAGGAAGGAGCCCUUGUGCAUCAGCAUUUCAGUCACCAAGACUGAGAAGGGAUGCAGGAAAGAGAAGCUCUCAAACUCCAGUUCUAGUGAAGAUCCGCUCCCAGGGAGGCUGUUCUUCCUCCAGGCUGAGCAGCCUCCCGCUCACGAGCAACAGCCGCUACGGGAAGGUACCCAAGGGAAGGCAGGAGAAGGAGCCCGGAACGAGGAUGAGGAUGCUUUGGCAUCUGACAGAUCGUGCGUGAGAAACGGUGUCCCUACAGAGCCAUCUGCCCUUUCUGCUCCUCCCGCGGAAGGGGCUUUGCAAGUACUUGACGCUUCCUGCUUAAAAAAGCAGGUUUCGCAUGACUUUCUGGAGACCAGGUUUAAAAUCCAGCAGCUUUUGGAGCCUCAGCAGUAUAUGGCCUUCUUGCCUCACCACAUCAUAGUGAAAAUCUUUGGAUUGCUUCCUACCAGGAGUCUGGUUGCCCUAAAAUGCACUUGCUACUACUUCAAAUUCAUCAUCGAGUACUACAACAUCAGGCCAGCGGAUUCCCGCUGGGUCCGCGAUCCCCGUUACCGAGAAGACCCUUGCAAGCAGUGCAAGAAGAAAUACGUGAAAGGGGACGUCUCGCUAUGCCGGUGGCAUCCCAAACCCUACUGUCAAGCUUUACCCUACGGGCCCGGGUACUGGAUGUGCUGUCACCGGUCUCAGAAGGGCAUCCCAGGCUGUAAGUUAGGUCUUCACGACAAUCAUUGGGUUCCUGCCUGCCACAGCUUUAACCGCGCCAUCCAUAAGAAAACCAGAGGAGCAGGAGCCGAAGCGGAAGAGGAAUAUUAGUGCACACACACUUUCCUGCGAGGUCGUUCGGGGUAGGAGUUGAUUCUCAUGCCUUGUGCUGUUUACAGUGUACAUAAUUGUCGUGGUUUUGGGCUUUUUUUUUUGGUUGUUUUGUUUUUUUUUCACAGGGCUAUGAAACUGCA